CGGUCAAAUCCGCGCGACUUUGGCAACGUCAAAGACGAGUCAUAGCAGGGAUAUGUCGAUGUAAAUACUGCUCUGGGCAUCUCGUUACUAGUUGAUCCUGCAUCGCCUUGCCACACGUCGUGACGCUUGUACCGAACAUCCUGCCCUACUCUUUUCUCGUCAAAUCCUGCUACAUUUUUUCCUUUGCUACCGUCAAGUUCAAAGCUCGUCCGUAGGCCUUGAACGAUCGGCCAGAUUGAGUACGUACGCGUAGUGCAAUGGCGAUGCUACGUUCUGGCUCUUGCGGGAGAGCCUUUCGAUCGCUGAAGGUGACUGCACGAGCGACUUUUGCUUACAAGAGCUAUGCAACUGCCGCAUCAAAGCAAAGUGCCGCCCCAAAGUCUGAAGAGCCUCUCUUCCCUGGAGAACCAAACUCUCCGACUGUGAAGAGUACAAUUCCGGGACCGAAAAGCUCCGAAGUCAUUCGAAGGCUGACAAAGGUCACUGAUACGAGUAGUUUGAACAUGAUUGCAGACUACAAGAAGAGCAUUGGAAACUACAUCGUUGAUCCUGACGGCAACGUACUCCUUGACGUGUACGCUCAAAUUGCGUCGAUUCCGGUUGGGUACAACAAUCCAUCAUUGUUGCGUGCAGCUACGUCGCCAGAGAUGGCUAGUGCUUUGAUCAACCGUCCAGCUCUAGGCAAUUUUCCUCAGGAUGAUUGGGUAGACAUUCUAGAGACUGGAAUACUGUCCGUUGCUCCGAAAGGGUUGAACCAGGUGUUCACGGCACAAGCUGGCUCAGACGCCAACGAGCUUGCAUACAAAGCAGCCUUCAUGUGGAAGCGGCAACAAGAGCGUGGCAUGGGAGCGGACUUCACCGAAGAGGAAAUGAGCUCGGCCAUGAACAACUCUGCGCCAGGUGCACCACAAAUGAGCAUCAUGUCCUUCAAGACCGGCUUCCACGGACGAUUGUUUGGAAGUUUAAGUACCACACGCAGCAAGCCCAUUCAUAAGCUGGAUAUUCCUGCCUUUGAUUGGCCAAGUGCGCCCUUCCCAGUGCUGAGAUAUCCACUUGACGAUCCUGCCAACGUAGAGUACAAUGCCCAGGAGGAGAAACGUUGCCUCGAGGAAGCCGAGAGAAUAAUCACCACAUUCCAUAACAAGGUUGCAGCUAUCAUCAUUGAGCCUGUGCAAUCCGAAGGCGGUGACAACCAUGCCACGCCAAACUUCUUCCGGGGCCUCCGAGCUCUCACGCGCAAGCAUAACGUGCUUAUGAUCGUUGAUGAAGUGCAGACUGGUGUUGGUGCAACGGGCAAAUUUUGGGCACAUGACCACUGGAACCUGGAGGAUCCACCCGACAUGGUGACCUUCAGCAAGAAGGCACAGACUGCCGGUUAUUACUUUGGAAACCCUGAUCUUCGACCAAACAAGGCAUAUCGCCAAUUCAACACGUGGAUGGGCGAUCCAGCCCGUGCGCUUCUUUUCCGGGCCAUCAUCAAGGAGAUUGAACGCCUGGAUCUGGUCAAUCACACGGCAGAAGUGGGCGCAUAUUUGUACUCUGGUUUCGAGGAGCUGGCCAAGAGCUACCCGAGCGAGAUCCAAAAUUUAAGAGGCAAAGGCCAGGGUACGUUCAUUGCCUUCGACUCUCCCCGCCGUGACGAGGUGUUGAAGAAGGCGAAGACCGUUGGGAUCAACAUCGGUGGCUCAGGAGAACGCGCAGUGAGGCUCCGUCCGAUGCUUAUCUUCCAGAAACACCACGCGGACAUACUUUUCAACGGCUUGAAGAAGAUCUUCGAGUCAUGAACGCGAAAUUCAGAUGGGACAAAUUUCUUAAUCUCGGAAGUAACUGGGCAGGUAACCUAUUUGAAAAAAAAAAAAGCAAAACCAUUGGGCAGUUGAUAAACGUAGUACUCCGACACAGAUGUUGUAAAUACCGAUCGAAAUAGAUGCUCAGGACAGAGCCAAUUCAAUCUCGGUUCUUCUUAAAACUUGGCCAGCUAAUGCAUUGAGUUUGCCGCGGCUAAAAUAACGCUUAGCGGUUCAUCCUAGGAUUCAUCGAAGGCGUCUUUGUGAACGAAACGCACCGCACAAGGAUGGGCAUAUUGUUGAAAGAAGUAGUGAGCGACAGAGGGGUGAUUCACGUCACUCUUUUGACAGGAUUGGAUACAAUGAACACAGAUAGCUAUAUAUUAUUUCUCUCAUCGUAGAUGUGCUACACAAUCGAUCAUAAGAGGUCAAAUAG